CCGUGCCCAGACCAUUUAUAAGACCUCGACGGCCCUUCCUCCUCUCAUUUAACCCAAACAACGCCGUGAUGACGCUUCUCGUUUCCUCGAAAUCGACAAUCCAUUGAUCCACGAGGUGAUGGAAGUUGGAACCCCAUGGUCCAGCCCUGAAGCACAGUUGCUUCGUAUAAUUCAGAUGUUCCUGCAGUUGAUCAGCUCUCGCCAGCCAUGAUGCACCAUCCGUGCUUGCAGCAACCGUCCAAACGUAGUUGCUCAAAUGCAAUCUCCCAAUUGGCUCAAAAUAAAUUCCCGGGGUGUGGACGAAUCUCUCAAUCACAUGUCCCUCCCCCCGAACUUCCGCGAUGCUCCCCAGCAUUAGCCACAUGACAAUAACAAUUAGCGCGUCGCUUGAUUUGUCAAUCAGGAAGUGCGUUGAACUUUUCAAUUUUACCUGACGUGGACGAUGUCGCCAACCCGAUGGCCGCCAUGCUUGAUGACGAAGCACCCUUGAAUAUAAAAGUGACUGCCGCCCCGUUUGGGCCACAGUCUUCCAAAAAGUUAACAGUGAAGAAGUUAACAUUCCGAGAACCAACAACAUGAACGCCGGAAAGUGUUUUAAGUGCGGUCGAUUUGGGCACACUGUCUCCGACUGCUUCCAGCAUCUCUCCAUCCAUGUGGACCGGAUAAGAUCUUCACCAUCCUGUACUCGGGGUCGGCUGUGCUCGAAUCGUUCCUCGAGGAACCAUCCAUACCUGCGGCACUCCAUGGACGACUUCGUAUUCGAAUAUCUGCGCCAUCGAUACCCCUAUCAUCCCGGGUACUUGAACUUGGAAUUCAAGGUGAAGAUGAGGGACUGGAGGGUUCGUAGUAGGAAAGAUCUCAAUGCCCUUUGGGAUCUCCCCGUACGCUCCGACAUCGAGGCUGGCGUGGAGGACGUUUUCAACCUCCGAAGACUCUUCGGCGAAACUCCAGCUCCACAACCGUGCCACGUGCCCCAGUUCCUGGACGAUAGUGAAAGGACGUGCGACAUCUGUGCCUCCUAUCUGUGGGAUUAUCCAGGCUAUUAUUAUAUUAAUGAUACUGUGAUAGAGCGUCCCUCCAACGUAUCUGUAACCGCUUUUAACAAUAAAUGGUUUAAUUAAACAAACUAUAUGUAUCUGCAGUUCUAGUCCUUUCCUGAAAAUCUCCUUAUCACCCGGGCAAGAAAAUUCCAGGAAUUCACAGGGUAGAUUAAUCCGAGGCAGGGGUCCAUACAGUCAUGCUUCUAUAAAGGGUCGAAGCCGAUUUACGUGGACUCUCUGCGUUUUUUGUUUGGUUCCCGACCUGAUGGUGUAGUUAACCUCACCAUUCCUCUCGAUAAUCUCGUAUGGGCCUAUCCAGGGCUGAGUUAACUUCUUUGAUCUUCCACGUCGUAGGACAUCAUUUUUCAGUAGUACCUUAUCUCCGAUUUUCAAAUCCAUAGGUACAGCG